UUAUUGUAGUGAUGGAGCAAUUAAAUUUAGAUCUCUUGUCCGAAAUCCUUUCGAGACUCCGUGUGAAACACUUGAUCAAGCUCAAGUCCGUCUGCAAAUCGUGGCAACACCUUAUUUCCGACGAAGACUUCAUCAAGCUCCAUCUCAAAAAGUCUCGAUCCCGGUUCGCCCCUCUAAAAAAUGAAUACUUCAUUCCGUGUCCCCGUUUAUUACCCCCUCCUGACGAACACGGUUUGUUCGCCUGUUGUCCGAGCGAGUCCACAAUGGUACUAUUGGGCAGUUCGAUUGACGGCUUAGUGUGUCUAUUCAAUCGCAAAUUUGGAAUCAUUCAUAUAUGGAAUCCAUCUAUCCGUUCGUCUGCAUGCAUCCCUAUAAAGAAACCCGAUGACAAAAUCAAGUGGUUUUGGUUCGGUUUGCACGACAAUGUGUACAAGAUCCUUCUAGCAACUUCUCACCAAAUCCACCUCAUCAGGCCGUACACUGACUAUUACACCUAUAAAUCGACACGCGAGUUUGUGCAACACUACACUCCCGUUAAUGGUGGGAUGGGUACCCUUUUCAACGGCAAUGUGCAUUGGCCCGUUCACGAAAAUCGCGAAUGGGCCCCGUACCGUUAUUUUACUAUUUUGUCCUAUGGUUUAAUUCGCGAGACUUUGGGAGAGAUUCCCGUACCUCCGAUUAUCCAAGAGCACAUUAUAGCCGUCGAUCUUGGAGAAAUAGACGGGUGCCUUUCUUGCCUAGUUUUGCGACUUACAAACACGAGAGGGGCUCCAAGGGAAAACGAAUACGAGAUUUGGUCAAUGAAAGAGUAUGGGGUCGCAAAAUCUUGGGUUAAGCUCAUGAAUGUAAGUGAACGCACAUAUUCGUAUCACCGAUAUUGCGUGCGAAAAGAGGAAGUAGAGGAAGAUCACGCGAGAAUAAAGUCUCCUUUGUAUGGUAAACAAGUGUAUGUUGAGAGUCUCGUCUCGCCGAGACAAGGCGAAUGUUGUCGUAGUCGUUUUUGUUGUUGUAGGUAAACUCAAGUGUGUGUUUGUGUUCUUGGAGUUGCUGUUGACU